GUGAUCGACGAAAGUUUGAAUAAAUCACCUACCCGAUUAAUCCUUUAAAAUGCCUCUAAUCACUAACAGUUCAGUCAACAGUUCGGUUGACGCUUCGUCAACAAGGACAGAAGAAUGAAUGCAGCUGUGUUGACUUCUGAUAAUUCCAAUUGGAGACCUACAGUUGUUCAGAUCGCGCCGUUUUUGCACGACAGCAGAAGUUUUCCAAAAUUAAGACCUUCUACCUCAAUUACAAACCCUAACUCCGAAAGUAAAGAAAAACGGAAUUACCCAGUUUUAGCUGUCACUCGCACAAAUUCGUUCAUUACCAGCGAUUCAGAUAGACCAACAAAUGAUGACGGGUUAAAGGUGCCAUUCUCCGGAAGACCUCCAACAGAGUUCAUUAAAUCAUUUUACCGAGGGAAAAUUCUUAACCACGACAACUACGUGAAUGCAUCUUUUCCUGACUGUGUUGAUAAAAAAUGUUCUAUUCAGGAUUUAAAUUUUCAAAAUUUGGAUAUUCACAGAGAACCUGAAAUUGAAAAUCAGAUGGAUCAAUCUCAGUUCCCAGCAAUGACUAAUAAUAAAACCACUAAAUCUGUUUUAUCAGAAAGAAAAUUCUUUUAUGGCACAAAUGGAAUCAUGCGAAGUUUACAUCUAACUCCAGGAGAACUUGAGUUACAAAAGCAUAAAGAAAAUUAUGCACGUGAACAGGCUCAGAAGAAAAAGAAAUAUAAACUGAAUGUGAAUCAGCUUCCACGAAGUACCACACCAAUAAAUGACCAUGACCCCGAUAAGCUGAACAUGAAACAAGUCAUCCAAUUUCUUCAAAAUAAAAGUGAAAUAAAAAUAGUGUCUAAAAAGCAACCUGGAAAAUUAUCUAUAAACUGUGAUCCCCAAAAAUUAAGUACAGUUGGUGUACGUCCAAAGACCGAGACAAUUAUAGCACGCCAGCGGAUCAGUCCUGACUGUGUCCGUCCUAGUACAGAGCUCCCAAAAGAGGAUGGGAAAUCUGAGUCAGAAUCCAGGAUUGCUAGUAGGAGCUCGUCUUAUAGUAGAGAUUCUUAUGGAUCAAGAUCUGUUUUGUCUACCCAAAGUGUUCCUAUAAUGGACUCUAAAGGAAAGCGAAAUCAUUCUAAAAUGAACCCAUCCUCCAGGUCUGUUAAGGAUAGAGGGCGGCAUUCACGUAGAAGUGUAAAAGAAUUCAAACUUCAUAGAUUUUUAGCUUUAGCCCCAAACGGAAUGGGACAAACUACGGCUCCAAACAACCAGGUCGAAGAAUCAGGAACAAUUUUCAUUUCAGAUAAGGAAAAAUGCAGUGAAAGACAAAUUAAGAGAAAAGCCACUGAUGAAUUUCAAGGCCGUGUUACGUACCGUUCUCCCAUGAUAAGAGAACAGGUACCGGCUUAUCAAUUCAGUGAAAAUAAGCUAGAGGGCAACAAAAUCAGUGCUAAGGAGGAAACGGGUACACGGAAGUUGGAGCAGAGAAAAGUUUCUAGAGCGUCUAGUUUGAUGCAUCGCAAAGCUCUAUCACAAUUUAGAGAAAAAGUCCGCCUGAUAAGAGCUGAACAUUCUGAAGAAGAUGACGAACAGAAGAACACAACAAUAAGACUUCCAAGUGUCCAUGACUACGAGGAUAGUGUUCGACAUCUUGAAUCAGAAGAUGAUGAAGCCAUAUCUGCUGACAUUUCUUACCCGGAACAGGAUGAAAAAGGACAGGAAAUUGCAUCUCUCUUAUCCAGCAGGUCCGACCAAACGUGUAACCGUAGUGUUAGUUACCAUCCCUCGCUUGUUAUUCAAACAGAUUACCUGGAUAACAACAACAAUAACAACAGACAACUCGUGGUAAACAUUCCAAAACAAACUGAUGCAGGUAAUAAAGAGAUGAUAAAGUUAACUCUACGUCAGGAAAAAGAUGUUACACGUGAACAAAGUUACAUGCAUGAUAUUGCAACGCCGAGAGAACACAAUGUAUAUACGAUGAUGUGUCAACAUCUCAAACAAACUCUACCACCGUCAGGUGACAACAGCUUGUACAAUAGGAGAGUGUAUCGUAUCUCUGCAGUGUCCAUAAAUGAAGACGAAAAGUACGAUACACUACCGGACGGAGCAUCACUGACGGUUCACGAGACCUUAGCGAAUAGCUGUAUCAAAGUUAGGCAAAAACUGAAAGGAGCCGUUCAUAAUGAAUAA